AUGUGUAGGGGCAAGAUAACGCCAAAGGAGGAGGCGAGGUUGAGCCCAUUCCAUUGGAGGCGGGGCAGCAGCAGCGGCAGCAUCAUGGCCGACCAGCCAUUGAGCACCAGCAGCGGCACCAGCACAGCGGCAGCAACAUCGGCGGGAGCAGCAACAUCCGCCUCCACAUCGACGGCAGCCACAGCCACAGCUACCGCCACAGCCACAUCCACAUCCACAUCGACGGCAGCCACAUCCACGGGAGCCACGUGGAUGCCCCACCCAGUGGAUGGCUCCCAUCCGGCGAACGGCAGCGUUGAGGGCCCCACAAUGCCCGCCGGCUACUUGCCGCUCUACGAGUCGGAUGUGGAGGCGGCGGCGGCGGCGGAAGCGGAGGCGGAGGACGCCGGCUACGCGCUGAUCGACGACAUCAGCGAGUGGCUGUUGGGCUCGGUGGACGGAGGAGGAGGAGGUGGUCCUGGUGGGGGGGCGGAGAACAGCACGAUAAUGGCCGCCAACGAGACGCUGGGCUGGCUGGAAAUGCUGAACAGCACGCUGCCAACCAGCAGGAGCAACGUCAGCAGUGCGGAGGAGCCGCUCCAGGAGGCGGACGGCGAUGACGAGGGGGAACUGCGGGGGCGCUAUGCACUGCGCAGCUUUGUGGAACAGCAGCUGGGGGGAGGGGCAGCGGGCGCGGGGGCGGCUGGUAACGGCGGCGGCGAUGCGGGCAUCGCGCUGAUCGACAGCGGCGAGGAGGCCGCACUGGACAACGUGGCGGAUGCGGAGACGGACUACGGACUCCUGGGCGGCUUCGGCGAUCCGGAGCUGCUGCAGCGCACCGCGACGACGGCGGUGCGCGAGACCCUCGGCAAUCGCACGGCGUCCGCCCCUGGCGAAAUGGGCGUGGCUGGUGUGGCCGGUGUGGCUGGCGGCCUGGGAACGGCGGGGGGCGGAGGAGCGACUGGAGGAGUGGCUGGAGGAGCGGGCGGAUCAGGAGGCAGCACCUUCAUGCUGCUGCUCGAAAACUUUAACGAUUAUUUCCCCAACUACAAUGGGAGCACGGUUUCGGGGACGACCACGAUGGCGCCGGGCGUGGUGGGCGGCGUGGUGGGCACGGCCAGCGGGAGCGGCAGCGGCCUGCUGCUGGAGCAGAACCUGACCGGCCUAUUCCUCGACGGCUACCGGCAAAACUGCACCAACGAGACGCUCAACCUGACCGACUCCUGCGCCGAGCUGAGAGUGGUGGACCACAACUACUGGGCGCUCAUCCUGAUUCUCUUCCCCAUCCUGACCCUCUUCGGCAACAUCCUGGUCAUCCUGUCCGUGUGCCGCGAGCGCUCGCUGCAGACAGUCACGAAUUAUUUUAUAGUCUCGUUGGCCAUCGCCGAUCUCCUGGUGGCCGUGGUCGUGAUGCCGUUUGCUGUCUACUUUCUGGUAAAUGGAGUCUGGGCCCUGCCUGAUGUCGUUUGUGAUUUUUAUAUAGCCAUGGAUGUGAUAUGCUCUACUUCAUCGAUAUUCAACUUAGUUGCCAUCUCCAUAGACAGAUACAUCGCUGUGACACAGCCAAUAAAGUACGCCAAGCACAAAAAUAGCCGCCGCGUUUGCCUUACGAUACUGCUGGUGUGGGCCAUUUCGGCUGCCAUCGGCUCGCCGAUUGUUCUGGGCCUCAACAACACGCCCAACCGCGAGCCGGAUGUGUGCGCCUUCUACAACGCCGACUUCAUACUCUACUCCUCGCUGAGCAGCUUCUACAUACCCUGCAUCAUCAUGGUGUUUCUCUACUGGAACAUUUUCAAGGCGCUGAGGAGUCGGGCGCGGAAGCAGCGGGCGGCCAGAAAGCCACACCUCUCGGAACUGACGGGCGGCAGCGUCAUCGAGAACAUCGCCCAGACCCGUCGGCUGGCGGAGACGGCCCUGGACAGCAGUCGGCACGCCAGCAGGAUCCUGCCGGACGAGGCGGCCACCAACACGGCCAGCGGCUCCAACGAGGAGGAGGACGAGAACGCCAUCUCGCCGGACAUCGACGACUGUCACGUCAUCGUGAACGACAAGUCCACCGAGUUCAUGCUGGCCACUGUCGUCGAGGAGACGGGCAACAGCGUUGUGGCCCAGAUCACCACUCAGCCGCAGUUGGUCGUCGCCGAUCCGAAUGGCGUGGCGCCCGCCUCCGCCUCCGCCGCCACAUCCGCUGCUCCGCGGAGCAGCGGCUCGCCGCCGGACAGUCCGCUGCCCAGUGGCGCCACCCUCCAGCGGUCCAGCGUCAGCAGCCAGCGACGCACCGCCGCCGACGACUCGCCGAAGCGCGGCGAUCCGGCCCUCAGGUCAGUCGGGGUCGAUAACUCCAGCGUCGCCAUGAAGCCAUUGUCCUUUGUCCGUUACGGGGUGCAGGAGGCCAUGACUUUGGCACGCAACGACUCAACGCUAUCGACUACAUCGAAAACGUCCUCGCGCAAGGAUAAGAAGAACUCGCAGGCGUCAAGAUUCACGAUAUACAAGGUGCACAAGGCCUCGAAAAAGAAACGCGAAAAAUCGUCGGCCAAAAAGGAACGCAAGGCCACCAAGACACUGGCCAUUGUUUUGGGUGUCUUCCUGUUCUGCUGGCUGCCGUUCUUCAGCUGCAACAUCAUGGACGCCAUGUGCGCCAAGUUCAAGAAAGACUGCCGACCGGGGCUCACGGCCUACAUGAUGACCACCUGGCUGGGCUACAUCAACAGCUUCGUGAACCCGGUGAUCUACACGAUAUUCAAUCCCGAGUUUCGCAAGGCCUUCAAGAAGAUCAUGCACAUGGGGUGAUUGAAAACGCCGAGCAGAUCAACAGCAACAGUAACAGCAGCAAUCAUGCGAACAGCAAUAGCAAAUGGAUGGAUUGGAAUGGAAUUGAGGGAUUGGAUGGGCAAAGUGUGCCAAAUGCAAGCCAUCGAUGCACAAAAGGUCUCAAUUGGCAUUCGACAUUGGGCUUAGCCUUAAGCUUAAGCUUAAGUUUCGUUUCGUUUCGUUCGUUGGGCUCUCCAUUAGCGUUAAGGUUUAGCUACUUAUGUAAAUAGAUCUGUAUAUACCUCUACUCGGAUAGGCCUAUAUUUGGAGUGGAGCGCAUUACGAGCUGUAGGCUAGGUACAAUUUUUAACAAUUACUUUAAGCGAAACCCAAACUAGCGAUGUAGUCAACACACGACACACGACACACGACCCACACAGCAAACACAAGCGAUUAGCAUUCCCGAGUAGUCGUAAGAUUCGCUUUAACAGGAUAACGUAGUGUUUUUUUUAGGGCUGCCCCCCCA